AUGCAGGAAUUUCACGCCUUCGAGGUGGUGCCCGGUAAGGAGUACACCCUGGCGCUGCCGCCACUUCACGGCUUUCACCUCUCCGUCGUGUCGAUCCCGCAUGCAGGCAAGGGACGCAGCACACUGUACGCGACGGUGGACGGCAAGUCAUACGCCAUUGCGACUCUCGAUGCGUCUCAGAGCAUCCUUCAGAACGCGACCGAUCUUAUCUUUAAUGAGGCACAGAAGAUUGUUUUCCGCGUCAAGGGGAACGCGACACUGCAUUGCUGCGGCUACCAACAGGAGCUUGACGCCGCCCUCCAAGGCGCCGGGGACAGCGACGAGGAGGAGGAGGAGGAUGAUGAGGAGGGUGCGAACGAUUUGCCCGUGAGUGACGAGGAGGCAGAGCUGCGGGGACAAGACCCGACGCAGGCGCCGCAGAACGGCCACCACAAGGAGGAGAGUGAGAGCGAGGGAAGCGAGGAGGGGGAGGAGGGAGAGGCGAAGGCGGCCCUGGACGCGGCUGACGAUGAAGAGGACGAUGAAGCCGAAGAAGAAGACAAAGAAGAUGAGGCGCACGAUGAGGAAGGUGAGGGCGAGGAGCAGCCGGUGAAGCGUGCCAAGACAGAAGAGGCUUCCCAGGCCCAAAGGAACUCGCAGCAGAUGCAGAGCCCUCAGGGCCGUCCCAGCAAUCAGCAGAAGCAGAGCCCUCAGGGCCGUCCCAGCAAUCAGCAGAUGCAGAGCCCUCAGGGCCGUCCCAGCAAUCAGCAGAAGCAGAGCCCUCAAGGCCGUCCCAGCAAUCAAAUGAAGCGUGGCCGUGAAUAG